CAACUUCGAAUUUAGAUCAUCGUUGCCAUGUCUUGUUCGGACGAAGAGUUGCCUGAAAGUAUCACUUUUUCUGAAAGUCGACAACGUUUUCAUAAAAAAUUGAAAGAAGAAAAGGAGUCAAAGAAAGCUCAAGAUAAGCGCUCUGUUAGAUAUAAACAACUCGACAGUCCAAUAGAGCAAAGCAAUACAUAUGAGCUGUUUCCACGGGGAGAAGGGAAUAGCUCUCGUUUACAGGUCCCAGAAACGGAAAUAUUUCGCCAAGCAGCAAACGCGACACAUGCAGCAAGAAGUAAGACAAUUUAUUUGCAGAAGAGUGUUCAACGAACCUUGCAAAAGAGGUCCAAGAAAAGAUUGGAUAACGUUGAGAUCAUUUUGUUGUCAGAGAAUAGCAAAUUGGCAAAUGGAUAUACAACUAGUGGUCAACCAGAGAAGUUUCUGAAGGAGCACUUUUAUGGUGGUCGACUGUUACGUUGUUCGAAAAAGGAUGCCAACCUUACAAGGAGCAAACAGCUUCAUCGUCCUUCACCUUAUUUUCACGGAUGAUAUGCAUUCUCGAUUGUUUUACUUUACAGAAUGUUAUUAUUGCGCGCUUUGAUAUGACAUGUAAAUGGAUUAUUGAAGUUAUUGUGGGAUAUUUGCUAUGGCUUUAUCCAACCUUGUGAUAAUAGACAAAUGGAAUCCGUAAGUGAUGAUGGUUUUGAACGGUGUCAAAGUGAAUACAGCAUAAAGAAUAGUUUUCUGCU